AUGGUCACGAGUACUAGCACCGAGCACGCCGACCCAUUCAAACAAUGGAAGGGCGCCUCCGCCUUCGCGCACAAGAACGCCACUAUCAGUUUGAAGGCUCAAAGGUUCAGCCCUCGAGGAAAGGCUGAGGAAACUACAGCCUUGAUCGUGCGGCCUCCACAGUCGACGACUCUCUCAGCCAAGCUGCACGACAAGAUCAUAGGCCCGCCCUUCGUGUACACGCACUUCCGCUGGCUCGAGGAUGGCAGGUGGAAGGCCAUCAACCGCGUCGACCUGUGCACCGCAUAUUUCCGCCUGUGCAACGAGUACGACGGAUUUCGGCAGGCGCUGCAGGGCCUCGAGCGCCUGGCGGCUGACAACGACACGGUCUCUGUUGGGAAGGACCUCGAGGGCCGUUCAAGGCUCAAAGGCGAGCUUCACGUUAUUUGUGAACGGGGAGAACGACUGCUGCCCCGCCUCAAGUGGGCCGUGGGGCACCUAGCGGAGUACCUCGAGAUCUUGGACCGAUGCGAGGCGCACAACGUACACCCGCCGCGGAAGGGAGCUUGGGCCGUCUAUCCCGACCCGGUGACCGCCGAGACUGUACGGCUCCCCGAGAAAGAGACGCACAUGAGACUCUUCCGGAACGGAAACAUGGACGACUUUGCCUUUCGUGCGGCCAAAGUCGUCAACAAGACCGAUGCGCCGGAAGUCGUACGAGUGUUGAGGGAGGAGAUCGAGCGUGUCGCCAGAGACAUGCUCGAGUUCAAGGGCUGCAAGGACAGAGAAAAGGUGUGGGAGUAUCUGCCAAAGAAAGGUGGUCUUCCUCCACCCAGUCUCGUGGUCUCAACGGAGCCUAUAGCAGACAUCAAGGGCGUCAUCGAAAAGCUGGAGGCUGUCCCCGAGGCCGUGGAAGGAGAGCCCUCAGCUCCGCCGGCUUACACGCCUUGA